AUGCCUGGGGGGAGCAGCGGGAGCCACGAUGGGCACGGGCGGGCCGCGAGCCGCAGGCCGUCGCGGAGGAUGGGGCGGGCCCGGCGCGGACGCCACGAGUCGGGCCUGCGGGGAGACGGGGAGCGGGGGGUGGGCGAGGCGCGGCUGGAGGAGGCGGUGAACCGCUGGGUGCUGAAGUUCUACUUCCACGAGGCGCUGCGGGCCUUUCGGGGCGGCCGGUACGGGGACUUCAGGCAGAUCCGGGACAUCAUGCAGGCUUUGCUUGUACGGCCCUUGGGGAAGGAGCACACCAUCUCCCGGCUGCUGCGGAUUAUGCAGUGUCUAUCGCGUAUAGAAGAGGGGGAGAAUUUGGACUGUUCCUUUGAUAUGGAGGCUGAACUCACACCUCUGGAAUCCGCUAUCAAUGUGCUGGAGACCAUUAAAACGGAGUUUACUCUCACAGAAGCAGUGGUAGAAUCCAGUAGAAAACUGGUCAAGGAGGCUGCUGUCAUCAUUUGUAUCAAAAACAAAGAAUUUGAAAAAGCUUCAAAAAUUUUGAAAAAACAUAUGUCCAAGGAUCCUACAACUCAGAAAUUGAGAAAUGAUCUGCUGGGCAUUAUCCGAGAAAGGAACGUCACACAUCCUGUGAUUCAGAACUUUUCCUAUGAGACCUUCCAGCAGAAGAUGUUGCGAUUUCUGGAGAGCCACAUGGAUGAUGCCGAGCCUUAUCUCCUGACGAUCGCAAAGAGGGCUUUAAAAUCUGAGUCAUCAUCAUCGUCUUCGACGUCAUCAUCAUCAUCAUCUUCUGCAUCGUCUGCUCCUCCUGCUGCUGCAGCCGCCGUCACAGCUGACUCUGCUGCUGUGGCCGCCGUGGCUCCGGCUCCCCCUGCCAGUGCCACAGCCGAUGCUGCUGCUGUUGAUACUGUGGGUGAAGGUCCUGGGAAUAUGAAGGAAGACAAGCAGCCGGCCUUGGAGCCCGUGGAGAAGCCACUCAAAGAGCCCAUGAGACAGGUAUCUGAAAGUCCUUCUACGUUUGGGAUUUCAACUCUGAAAAGAGCUUUUUGGAGCCUUUCUGAUUCACAAGACCCGGAAGCGGCUUUCACUAAAUUGGACCAGAAGGAUGUUAUAGUUUCCAGUCCAGCGUCCCCUUCAGCAGCCCUCAGAAACAAGAGACAGAGACAAGACGAAAGUUCUCCCUCGGAGUCUACAGAUAACUCUGAACUGCAGCCCCAGAACAAGUGUAUGACAAUAAGCAGAUUGGUUUUGGAGCAUGACAGCCAGGGCAGUGAGCAGAGUGACAGCCCGGACUCCUCCCAAGAGACCAUUGUGUCUUCAGCCUCCAACUCCACAGUCCUGAAGCUACACAAUCAGCCCCUGGCUGGGGAGAAGAGUCAUAAAGUACACAGAGACAAAUGGAACAGCUCCAAUGGGCUUGAAGAAAAAGACACCUGGCUGGAGGAGGAGGAGCUCUUUCACGUCCAGGCAGGAUCAGAUGGAAACAACAGCUCAGCCCCUGGAACAAAAAAGCAGAAAUGGACUAUGCAAGAGAGUGAAUGGGUCAAGGCUGGAGUGAAAAAAUACGGGGAAGGAAACUGGGCUGCUAUUUCCAAAAACUUCCCCUUUGUUAACCGAACAGCUGUGAUGAUCAAGGACCGUUGGCGGACCAUGAAAAAACUGGGAAUGAACUGAAAACUUCUUUUAUUUUCUCAGAAUUAAUAGGGGCAUGUCUUCAGAUAAUAGCCCUCUAUUCCAUGCUUUCUUUCAGAAAUUGGGCUGGGGUGAUGAGAGUGCUGGGCAGUCUGCUUCUUUGGUUGGGAAGGUCCUUGUUUUUUCGCUGUCAGAAAGUGUUCGGAGUUGAGAAGGAGGAGAGCCCCAGCCCAGCCUUCUCGGCAGGAAUGACUGAGGUACACAGUUUGGGGAGGACCAGGAGGCAGGCAGCUUCCAUGUUCUCUCGUGGCUUAAACAGAACUGAAACCCCACGCUGGUCAGUAGAAACGACCUCCAGGCAGAGUUUUACCAGAAGCCGGGCAAGGAGCAUGCUCCAUUGUGAGCCCAGGUGGAAGAGAGCUGUGUCUGUGUCUGGAAGAAGAGUUUUCACCAGCUGUGACCCACAGCGGCCCCUAAGCUGCUGGUGCAUCGGUCCUUCUGUUUUCUGGGCCAGAGAGGCAGCUUGGCGUCUCAAUUCCCACGUGGCUGAACUGGUGUGGGGGCUUUUCCUUUUGUAAAAUUGUGUGUUGUAGGUGAGCUUAGUCUUUGCCCUUCUGCUCUGGACUCUGGAAGCUUUAAAGAAACCUGAAUCUAGCCCUUAGUUCUGUUCUUAGUUUGUGAAAUGUUUGCAGCUGCUUGACUCCCUCGUUGUGCUUUCAAAGAUUGGUGUGUCGUCUGGCAGGAGCUCAACACGCCUUCUGGCUCCUUCCGCAUUGUUUGUGCUUGCUGUCUCUCUCAGACACCCUUGAGGAAAGGCCUGAAGGUCUCUUUUUAGCCACAACUUUCAGUAAAAUGUUUUCUGUAAUCUUUUUUUUUUUAAAAGAUGAAUACUAAUUAUUGUCCUUUACUUGUAGCAUUCUUCAUUAAAAU